AUGAAGGGAUAUCAUCACCCGAAGAACUCUUCGUCGUUGACCGUGUCGCUGAGAAGAGGUAUAUUUACCAUUCCUAUCGAACCAGGACAACGAGCUGAUGCUGGUUCACUUCACAGACUCCUCCGACAGCUGGAUCUCAGAAUCGUACCUAGCUGCAUGUUCAUUUACACCCUCAAUUAUCUCGCCCGCGCCAAUAUCGGAAAUGCGAAAAUCCUCAAUGCCGACACCGGUGACUCAUUGUUGCAAGUCCUCGACAUGACAAGCGAGCAGUUUUCCACUGUGUUGACAGUGUUUUUCAUUUCUUACGCGCUGUUUGAGACCCCGUCAAAUUACAUGCUCAAGCAUUUUUCUCCUCCGCAUUGGUUCGCGUUCCUCAUGGUCGGGUGGGGCGGAACGGAUAUGGUCAUUUCAUGCGUUAAGAACUAUGGCGCGCUGACGGGUCUCCGAUUUCUGCUGGGGGCGUUUGAAGCAGGGUUCUAUCCGGGAAUAAUCUACUUCCUUACCUUUUGGUACCGACCUCAAGAGCGUGCACUUCGCCUUUCUCUCAUUGCCGCGUGUACCUCACUUGCUGGCGCCUUCGGAGGCAGUAUCGCUUAUGGUGUUGGCCGUAUCAAUGGCUCAAAAGGCUUGGAAGCGUGGCGGUGGUUAUUCAUCAUCGAGGGCGCACCAUCAUGUGCUCUGGCGGUGGCAACGUACUUCUUCUUUCCAGCCUACCCAGAGACGGCAACAUGGCUAUCUGCGAAGGAACGAGAACUCGCCGUCAAGCGCCUCAGAGGCGAAGCGUCUUUGGGACAUGCAAGAAUUACAUGGCUGCAGACCAAAGAUACGCUAAUGGACUGGAGGUUAUACCUCCAUUAUCUCGCCUUCAUCGCCGUCUGCGUCCCCUUUUCGAGUAUCUCGUAUUUCGCCCCAACUAUCGUGAAUGGACUCGGAUACGAAGGACUGCGUGCUCAGCUGUUCACCGUGCCACCCUUCGCUAUAGCCUUUGUCGCUACCGUCGCCUGUUCGGUCUUCGCAGAUCGAUAUGAAAUGUGGUCUACAUUUUCAUGGAUUCCUAUGGUUGUUUCGGGCGUCGUCUUUCUAAUCCAGGGCGCACUUUCACCUACGGCGUUCAAAGCACGAUAUGCUAUGCUGUGUCUCAGCACGACGUUUUCUAACAUCUGUAAUCCGUCUCUCAUAACAUGGCUGACUGUCAAUCUUCGAAACACCGAUGCAACGACGCUCGCUAUACCUCUGAUGGUCACUAUCGGCACUAUCGGGCAAAUUACUGGCGUAUAUAUUUACAAGGCGAAUGAAGCGCCAGGUUAUCGUACCGGUCACUUCACGAAUGGUGCAUUCCUCUUGGCAGGAGCGCUUGUCAUCCUCAUCCUCCGCGAGUUGUAUAGAAGACGAAACCAGAAAAAGACACCUGGAAGUCAGCCAUGGCGUGUGUAA